UGGAAAUCCACUGAUACUGAAGGAAUUAUUAGUAAAUACUGGUGGUUCCAACAACAAAGUCAAGAAUCCUACAGUGCCUACGUGGAGAAUAUGCCCUGGUUGGCGAUUCCAUUUCAGCAGACUGCAGUCAGGUCCGAACUGGCCCAAUUGUAUGGAGUAAGAGGCAUUCCUACGUUGCUACUACUAGACAGCAACGGUCACAUCAUCACAAUGGACGCGAGGGCUGAACUGGCUGAUGACCCUUUAGCACAAAACUUCCCAUGGAAACCAAGGCCUGUAAAUAUGCUAACAGAACGGUAUUUAACGAAAUUGUAUGAUUAUCCAGCGGUGGUGUUGUUUGUAGAUGGAGAAGACACUGAGGUCCAGUUUGCCGAAUCAGUACUGACACCCGCCGCGGAAAACUACUACAAAAUCAACAACAUCAACUUCAGUUCAGCUCAAGAGGACUUCUUUCUUGGCUGUCAAGAUGAUCCAUGCCUCCAAUUCUUGAUUGGAGUAGACGGUGAAACUUCAGAUAUACUUCGAGAUCUAAUCGGGUUGGAUGAUGUGAUGCCCUUACUGAUUGCCGUUGAUUUACCAAACAGGCGAUUUGCUGUCAUGGAAUAUGGAGUGGAAAUCACCAACGAGAGCGUCGAGCAGUUCGUUGCAAAGAUGUUGAAACACGAACUCAGCUUCAUAGACAUCACGGAUGAUAGAGUAGAAGCAGCAAAAAACUGUUGAAUGUGAUGAAACAUAGGAUGAUUUAUGGAAUGCUAGAUAGUAUUACUUCUUUUUUCUGUUACCGAUUUGGAAUAUGAAACUUGCAUUUAAAAAGUCCCAGGAAUUUUUCGAAACUGGUUUACUGGCUGAUGAAAACUGUGUUGAGUAAAAAAAAGGUGUAAGAUACAUAUAUUGAAUUAGUAACAGAAACAAUGUUAUUGAAUAUGUAGCCUGGAGUAUAGGUUAAAAUGUCUUAUCUCAAAAAUGUAUUAUCAUUGUAUUAGUACUUAAGCUCAGUAUUACAUAAGCCAGGUAUAUAGAGAU